GAGUUUGAUGGUAUAGUUCUGUGUAAUACAGUCAGAUAUCAGAAAAUGGUUCAUGAAGCAGCAUGACAAAGGUACGGGUAAUGGGAGUAUGUCCAAGAAUAGUGCUCCAGAAAAGCCUUCAGCAGAAAAGCCUUCUCCAGGAAACCUGGUACAAGAAGGACAAGAGACUGCCGGCAGAAGGAAAACUAGUAAAUAUUUUGCUACAGACAAGGUGAAGGCAAAAGAAGAAAAAGUAGAGGAAGUAUCAGCAAAAAGAAAAGCUCAAAAUGCUGGUGGAAGUUCAUCAGUUAAUGAGAAGCCACCAGCUGCGAAAAGAAUUCACAAAGCUGAGGAUGACGAUGACUUUGUACUGCCUGCAUCUGCAAUGGGAUCCAGAGGUGCCACUCCCGCCAAAAAGUCGGCAAGUGGCUCUGGCAGGGGAUCUGCACGGAAGUCUGUGAUCAGUGAUGAAAGUGACGAUGAUCUUAAGGAUACAAAAUCUGAUCCCAAACCUACUGGAAGAGGGCGUGGUGGACGAGCAGCUCAGACUGGUGGGAAAGGCAUCCCUCUUGAUGAAAGUGAUGAUGAUGCCUCAGCUGAUAAGGACACCAAAUCUGGUGGAUGAGGGCGUGGUGGUAAAGGACCAUCUGCAGCACCAAGUGGUGGACGAGACAGAGGUGGUGGAGGACGGGGCGGUUUCAUGAAUUUUGGUGAAAGAAAAGACCCUCCUCACAAGGGGGAAAAGGAAGUUCCUGAAGGUGCCCCAAACUGUUUAGCUGGUUUGACUUUUGUAAUUAGUGGAACUCUGGACAGGUACCUCAUUGAGUCUGUUUGUAUAUUUUUGAAGAGA